AGAGCCUGUAGGGAUGAAUUAUUGGCUACUUUAACAGAACAUUGCUCUUGCUCCCGAUGUCCAAGCCAGAACUGCAUUCUAUAUUUGAAAAAUUUGAGAAGUUGUAUUGAUAAAUAUCUAAUACUCGAAGAUGGGAAGUGGGAUUAGUUCAGAGAGUAAGGAGUCAGCCAAAAGAUCAAAAGAACUUGAGAAAAAACUGCAGGAAGAUGCUGAGCGAGAUGCAAGAACAGUGAAGUUGUUGUUACUCGGAGCAGGGGAGUCUGGAAAAAGUACUAUUGUUAAGCAAAUGAAAAUCAUCCACAAGAACGGUUACAGUGAACAAGAGUGCAUGGAGUUCAAAGCAGUAAUUUACAGUAAUACAUUGCAAUCUAUCCUAGCUAUUGUGAAAGCAAUGGCUACCCUUGGGAUCGAUUAUGUAAAUCCCAGGAGUUCAGAAGAUCAACGACAACUUUUCACACUAGCAAAUAGCCUAGAUGAUGGUAGCAUGACACCAGAACUGGCUGAGGUAAUAAAACGACUAUGGGGUGAUCCAGGAAUUCAGGCCUGCUUUGAACGGGCAUCAGAAUAUCAACUGAAUGACUCGGCUGCUUACUAUCUGAAUGAUUUAGAGAGACUAACAACCUCUGGAUAUGUACCAAAUGAACAAGAUGUUCUACAUUCUCGAGUGAAAACAACUGGAAUCAUUGAAACUCAAUUCUCCUUUAAAGAUUUGCACUUCAGAAUGUUUGAUGUGGGCGGACAGAGAUCAGAAAGAAAGAAAUGGAUUCACUGUUUUGAAGGCGUUACAUGCAUUAUAUUUUGUGCUGCACUCAGUGCCUAUGACAUGGUCCUAGUGGAAGAUGAAGAAGUGAAUAGAAUGCACGAAAGCCUUCACCUGUUCAACAGUAUCUGCAAUCAUAAGUACUUUGCAACCACUUCCAUUGUCUUAUUUCUCAAUAAAAAAGAUCUCUUUCAAGAAAAAGUAGCCAAAGUGCAUCUUAGUAUCUGCUUUCCAGAGUACACUGGUCCAAAUACAUUUGAAGAUGCAGGAAAUUACAUCAAGAAUCAGUUUCUAGAUCUGAAUUUGAAAAAAGAAGACAAGGAAAUAUAUUCUCACAUGACCUGUGCUACAGAUACCCAAAAUGUCAAGUUUGUGUUUGAUGCAGUUACAGAUAUAAUAAUCAAAGAGAAUUUGAAAGACUGUGGACUUUUUUAAUCAACUAUUUUCUUUCACUCUCCUGUAUGC